AUGCCCGUCCACACACUCGGCCGGCAAGCGCCUAUCUACGCGCCGACUUUCGACUACCGCACUCUACAACUCACGCCAACUCACCUCGCCCUCGCGACAGCUCAAUCGCGUGGCUCGCCUCUCGCCGAAGCCCAGGAUGCUCGCCUCACCCCGUUGAAACUACCAAUCAUAGCAGCAAAAGCCAAUCGCGGUGUCACAGGCGACGUUGCGUCGUCCCGCCACAAUAAGGGCUCGUUUGCAGGGUACUUGCCAGUGAACGACCAGGCCAUCGUCAACACGCUCGACGUUAAUGGCGUGCCAUGGACCAUUACCCAGAUCCUCGGUGACGCCGGUCUCGGCCCCACGCUCGGCGGCGGCGUCUUCACGCCCUCCUUCCUCUCGCCGCACGAUCAUCACCGGCGGCACGCGUCCGUCGCAGGCGAUGUCAUCCAGGCCAGGAUCAUGCUCGGUCUGUGCUACCUCGACGUCGUCGUCGAGCAAGUCCCGGAUGGCAAGCCCAAGCUUGGCAUGCGCCGCUGCCUUCCCGCGAAGGACGAUGAACGCGUCCUCGCCCAGGACCAGGACGCGGCGAAAAGUUCUCUCGAGUCGCCUCACGACCUUGGCUACCAGUGCCUUCAAGCGCGCGGGCAUAUCAUGAUCCAGAACGAUCUCCUGGGCACGCCAUGCUCAUACUGA